CCUCGAGGCGCUGCUGACUGGCAGGACUGGCAGAUGCCCGUCUGAUGUCACAAUGGGCGGAGGCAGCGGCCAGCCUCCCGCCCACCCCUUUAUGGCGCCCGCUUCCGUUCGGUUACCUAGGAGAAGGAUACACACGGCAGCCCAAACUGAAAAGGCCCUAGGGAAAGAGGGCAGGACCCCGGCUGCGGAUCGGCCGUUGCACUUGGCGCUGCCUGGAUUUCUGAGCGAGGGGAUAACCGGGGCCAAGGAAGGGACCCCCUAAAACUGCACGGAGAUCGGGGUGCAGCCUAAUCCGAGGCCACCCAGCCCCUGAAGUUUGUGAGACUCUCAGAAGGGCGUGAUCCGCUAAAGCCAUGAGUCAGAGGCAGGUCUUACAAGUCUUUGAGCAGUACCAGAGAGCCAGAAUACAGUUUGUUCAAACUGUUGCUGAACUUGCUACUAGGCCUCAAAACAUUGAGACCCUGCAGAAUGCAGGUGUAAUGGCUCUGCUGAGGCCGCUCCUAUUGGAUGUGGUUCCAAAUAUUCAACAGACGGCUGCUCUGGCCCUUGGGAGGCUUGCCAACUAUAAUGAUGACCUGGCAGAAGCUGUAGUUAAGGGAGAUAUUCUUCCACAGCUCGUGUAUUCAUUGGCUGAACAGAAUCGUUUCUACAAGAAAGCAGCUGCCUUUGUUUUACGAGCAGUUGGGAAACAUUCUCCUCAGCUAGCCCAAGCAAUAGUGGACUGUGGAGCACUAGAUACACUGGUGAUUUGCUUGGAAGAUUUUGAUCCUGGAGUCAAAGAAGCCGCAUCCUGGGCUCUUGGCUAUAUAGCAAGACACAAUGCAGAACUGUCACAGGCUGUGGUGGAUGCGGGAGCCAUUCCUCUCUUAGUGCUCUGUAUCCAGGAGCCAGAGAUUGCUUUGAGAAGGAUUGCAGCUUCGGCACUCAGUGAUAUUUCAAAGCAUUCUCCAGAGUUAGCGCAGACGGUGGUGGAUGCGGGGGCAAUUGCUCACUUGGCUCAGAUGAUCCUCAACCCUGAUGCCAAACUGAAGCGUCAGGUGCUUUCAGCUCUCAGCCAGAUAGCAAAGCAUUCUGUGGAUCUGGCAGAAAUGGUGGUUGAAGCAGAAAUUUUCCCUGUUGUACUCACAUGCCUGAAGGACUCGGAUGAAUACGUCAAGAAAAAUGCUGCAACUCUAAUUAGAGAGAUAGCAAGGCAUACGCCUGAGCUUUCGCAACUUAUAGUGAAUACAGGGGGAGUUGCUGCUGUGAUUGAUUGUAUUGGCAGCUGCAAAGGAAAUGUUAGACUCCCUGGGAUCAUGAUGCUGGGAUAUGUGGCAGCUCAUUCGGAGAACCUGGCCAUGGCGGUUAUAAUCUCUAAGGGGGUUCCACAACUGGCGGUGUGCUUGUCAGAAGAACCAGAAGAUCACAUUAAGGCGGCAGCUGCUUGGUCUUUGGGACAGAUCGGGAGGCACACUCCAGAACAUGCCCGUGCCGUUGCGGUAGCAAAUGUGUUACCUGUGCUGCUUUCUCUGUAUAUGGCACGUGAAAGUUCAGAAGAUCUUCAGGUCAAAACAAAGAAGGCUUUAAAGAAUAUUCUGCAGAAGUGUACUCAUCUGCCAGCACUCGAACCCUUGUUGCAAGAUGCUCCUCCCAAUGUUCUGAAGCACAUAGUUGGUCAGUUCAGUAAGGUUCUGCCACAUGAUACCAAAGCCCGGCGCCUUUUUGUAACAAGCGGUGGCCUUCAGAAGGUUCAAGAGAUAAAAGCAGAGCCAGGAUCACUUCUUCAAGAGUACAUCAACACGAUUAACAAUUGUUAUCCAGAAGAAAUAGUCAGAUAUUAUUCCCCUGGAUAUUCCGAAGCACUUCUGGAAAGGGUCGAACAUUAUCAGCCAGUUCUAUAAGCUCUUCAGCAUUUGCAAUAGAAAAAUCACUCUAUUUCCUAUUUGUCUUUUUGAGUGGCAAGCAAAUAUAGUUUGGGAAAUUCUAGUUUGAGAGAUAUAAUACCUUCUGUUCUGUUACCAAUCAGUUAGGACAACAAGAAGACAUCUUUAAUCCAUGUGUGGUUUUCUGGAAAUGUAAACUAAGGGGGGGAAAACUGCCAUGUACGUUUAUUAAGAGGUUGGCAUGUCUCAGAAUUUCUGGAGGCCUUGACAAUGGAGGGUCCAGCGUUCUUUUUGAAUAUGUUGGCAAUCUUCAAAGCAGCUGUCCGAUCUGAUCUUCUGAGAUGAUUGUGCUAGAGGAUUACAGCGCCAUACAUAUGUGAAGCACUGGAGCUGCACAGCCUUUAUUCAUUUCAGUGGACUUGCACUGAAGUAGUUUGCAGGACUAUUGCCUUGUCCUAUUGCUGGAAUUGACUUCAGAUGAGCAAAUAAGUGGCAAACUGGCCCUCCUGCUCCCACUUCUUGUUUAACCCUUGCAUCACCUCAACCUCAGCACUCUUUCCUGGACAUCUUGAAGAUCUAGCAUGUGACUGGUAAAUUGAUGGGUGUUUGAUCUUUUAGCACCCAAGCUUUUAAUGGUGCAAUUUCAUCCCUCUGUAACUCAGUAGAUUUCAGGACAGCUGUUAUUUGGGUAGCAGACUGCUUGUAAGUAGCUAAAGGAACAUUGAAAACAAGUCUUGCUUUGAAUCUUGCUUGCGGAUUGCUCAAGACUUCUGGUUCCCACAACAUCUAAAAGAAAGUUUUUAAAAACCACAUCCCAACAAACUCCUCAUUACCCAACAUGAUGGUACCUGAUAUUAUCAAAUAAAACUCUGCAUUCAAGAACAAAAUAUUUCAAUUUUGUAAAGCCAA